CGGCGGCGGCACCCCCCCCCACCCCCCCCCCACUACCACCGGCGAGGCGGCGACGGCGGCGGCGGCGGCGAGCUCCCCUGCGUAUUAGUCAUCGGCGCCGUCGCAAGCUCGUCUCGCGGUCCAUUUGUUCGUAAGCGGCGGCGGCAGUGCUCCCAGGCAGGCCCCUCUAAAACCCUGGACGCCAAGAUGCUGCGCUGCGUGUACACGCAGCGGCGGUGGGCGCACCGGCGGGGAGGCUUCGUCACCGGCGGGACCGGCUGGUCGCAGCGGCGCGCCCCCGCCGCGGCGGCGGCUGUUGGCGCGGGCGCGGGCGCGAAGAAGUCGGAGUGGUGGGCGGUGGACGGCGAGAUGCACGAGAUCGGGGAGGGCGUGCCGCACCGCGAGCGCUUCGCCAUCCCGCGCGACAACCUCCCCAACCGCCGCCGGAAGCAGAUGCGGGAGCAGUUCAUGCGCCGCACGCGCCUCGUCCUCAAGGACACGGAACAUGAAGCUUGGUGUAAAAAAUAUAUGGAACUAUACCAAGAACUUAGAGAGAAUUGGGAAAGGUUAUAUUGGGAUGAAGGUUAUUCCAAAAAGAUUGCUGAAGAUCAUGCUAAUUAUGAUUCUGCUGAAGAAGAUGAUCUAGACUUCUCACCUUACAGGAGAAGGCACACCAAUGUAGAGCCAAACAAGGACAUUGGUUUUACGGCAAGCAAACAAGGUGAAACAUGGGAAAGGGUUACUCAAAUUCGUGACAAGUUUGAAUAUGACAGAGAGAGAAGAAUGAGGGAACGAGCAUUUGCUCCCAUGAAUAUGGAGAACAACUUUGGGCAGCAUGACUCGAGAUUCAGGAACCGACAUGAUUCAAACUAUGCCCCUAGAAACAUGGAAAAUAAAUUUGGUUCAAAUGACUCAGAUUUUGGAACCCAAUCUGGUAGAAGUUUCCGACAUGAUCCAAGUUUCAGGAACCAGCACGGUUUGAAUUUCCAAAAUGAAUCAAGUUUCAGAAAUCACCAGUAUCCAAAUUUCCAAAACCAACGAGACCCAAGAAACCGCGUGAUGUCUUCUGAAGAUCAGGAAUUGAUGUCUUCUGAUGAUCAGGAAUUCUAAUAAGCAUGAUCUUGCCGAGUGCGAGGUGGCCAGUGAAAAUUGUACAACUGAAGCGUGCUGAUUUUGUAACUCUGUUAAGCAUAAACAGAAUGAAAUGCAUUUUACAUUGGCAACUGUAGUAUAAUGUCAAUGUGUCCCUUCAUCGUUGAGACUUGAGAGAAGGGUUGAGUGUUGUAGGAAUCAUCACCUGCCUUUUACCCGUCUCUUCAUUUGUGAUGAUUCAGAAUACUAUAUCUAGUAUCUACAACAAAUAGUUAUACA